UUUGUUGAGUGCAUUUCAUUCUCCUCCAUUAACUAUAUUUUCUUUUUAUUGUAUUUGUAUUAUCGUCGCCUUAUUUGACUAUUUUCAAUUUUAAAAUUACUAUGCAUCUCUAUCAUAAGUAGCGUACGUGACCAGAAAACGCAAACGCGUGUGUUUUCCAAAGAAAGAUAACAUCUCCGUCCUCGUAAAAAAUAUGGAUGGUCAGGACCAGAUGGAGAUGAAAUUCAGCGGAGGCAGUGAGGUGGGCGGCUUGGAGCUCUGCAUUGUGUGCGGAGAUCGAGCGUCUGGGAGACACUAUGGGGCAAUCAGUUGUGAAGGUUGCAAAGGCUUCUUCAAGCGGAGCAUCCGCAAGAAGCUGGGCUACCAAUGCCGGGGCAGCAUGAACUGCGAAGUGACCAAACACCACCGCAACCGCUGUCAGUACUGCAGGUUGCAGAAGUGCCUCGCCUGCGGGAUGCGGAGUGACUCGGUCCAGCACGAGCGGAAGCCGAUCGUGGACAAGGUGAAGCCCGAGCGCGGCGAGGGGCUCCACGAGAGACAGGCGUAUUCGAAGCUGCUGGGAUUGGCCGGGCAGCAGGGACAGAUAAACCCAAAGGAAGAGCCAAGUGAAUUCGGAGCGGUAUCGCCUGCAGCACCCGCCAUCAACUUUGCACUUGCUGCUGCCGUCGCUUUUAACAAAGGAAACCCAGUGCCGGGUUACUUGGGAGCUGGUGACAUGGAGGGCGCGCGCCGACAACAACUUUUAUUGCAGACUCAGCUCGCCAAGAAUCUGUUCAAGAUGGGACAGUUUGGAGCUAUCAACGAGUACUUGCAAUCAGCAUAUGCGGCUCCAGAGGCGCCCCUCGCGCCGCAAGCCGACGCUCCACAGCCGGAAGUAGUGGACCCUUCAGCGGUCCUAUCUACUCCAGAAUCACUAACCCUACACAUGGCCCUGCCCGGAGGCGCGCCGCCUCACCUGAGACUGCAUGCUGUAUGCGAAGCCGGAGCUAGACUGUUGGCAGCCAUCAGUCGCUGGUUACUCGCUAUACCUGCAGCUAGGGCUUUACCGUUCGAGAUCCAAGUGACCCUGCUCAAGAAAUGCUGGCCGGAGCUUUUCGUGCUCGGCCUAGCGAAGCUGUCGUCAGCAUUGCAGCUGACCGCACUGCUGCCACAGAUGGUGGCGCACCUGCAGGCCGUGCUGCGCGAGCGAGCCGGCAACACCGAGUGCGAGCGAGAGCGCGGCGCCGAGAUAACCACGGCGGAUUAUUCGGACGAGCGAGUAUCCGAAGUUAGCAACAUGUUGACUCGCUUGCAGCAGUACAUCGGCAAUAUGGAACAACUGCGAGUGAGCGACAGAGAGCAUGCACACCUCCGAGCGCUUUGUCUAUUUUCUCCAGAUGGCGCCCCAGACUUCCUAACCAAGAAGCUUCGUGAACUCCAAUCUUCCGUUCUUCGCUCACUUCGUACACUCUGCGCUCCGGACGAAGAGCGCUGCGCAACAUUAUUGCUGCAACUGCCAGUGCUGCGAGCUUUCACUGGACCCUUCCUUGAGGAUGUGUUCUUUGUUGGAUUCGUUGGCGAUGUCAGCAUUGACGACGUCGUUCCGUACUUACUCAACGCCGAACGCUGAGGUAAUUCCAACGACAGCAAAUUUGCCGAGGUAAUCGUGUAUUAGCCUAAACUUAUAAAAUGUAUUUUUAUAUGGAUAUUGUAUAAGACAUAAAAU